UCUGUUUCGAGCGGCCAGUGAAAAUGGGGGAGCCCUCGGUGCCGGUCCUACAAUUAGAUUUAGCUUCAAAAUGAGCGUUCUAGUCAGUUUAAAGUUCAACAAAGUUUUGUUCGAUGUGUGGAAAGUUGGUUUUGCUCUCAGUGAGUCUGGUGUUUGUUGCCAGGAAGCGGAGUUGGAAUGAUUCCGUUGCUGUUUGCUUUGUGUACAGCAGUAGUGUCGGCCGCGGUGAAGUGGGAUGCGCCGGCGCCCUAUGACCCGGUAUGGCUGGCCAGCGUGCAGACGUACCCCCCUGUGACGGCUGCAAACGAGACUCGCUUCUUUUUUGGCUGGGUGUACGAGACCGAUGUCGAAUUCAAACUUUACACAAGGAGGAAUCCAUUCGAGUUUCAAAUGUUAAGGAUAAACGAUUCUGCGUCUUUACAUGACUCAAACUUCGAUUUUAAUAACAAAGUAAAAGUGUUGGCACAUGGCUGGCUCAAUAAUGGUAGCGGUCCUAUGCCGAUGUCGCUAAAAGAAGCAUAUCUAAACGUGAGUGAUUUGAACAUCGUCGUAGUAGAUUGGGGUGCAGCCGCUAAUGUCAACUAUAUAAUGGCCAGCUACAAUGUGGCUUCGGUUGGCCGCCUCCUUACACAGUUCCUCAACUUCCUUAUAUGGGAGGGAGUAUCUAUGAGUGAUGUGCACCUCAUUGGUCAUAGCCUAGGUGCUCAUGUUGUUGGCAUAGCCGGAGCCAACCUUAAAAGAACAGCAAUAGACACUAUAACAGGGUUGGAUCCAGCGUUGCCGCUGUUCACGGUAGGCAACAAGGACGCCAGAUUGGAUAAGCAUGACGCGAGCCAUGUGGAGGUGAUACACACUUGUGGCGGGUACCUCGGCUUCAUGGCUCCCUUGGGCCACAUUGACUUCUACCCGAAUGGCGGCACCCGUCAGCCUGGUUGUGGCUACGAUAUUAGAGGUUUGUGUGCCCACAACCGAGCUCACAUGUACUUAGCGGAGUCAAUCAUAUCAUCGGUCCCAUUCACAGCCGUGCGGUGUCAGAGUUUCAACGAAUUGUACUACACGGGUAACUGUACAGGAACUGGAGAAACUCUCAUAAUGGGAGGUUUUGAUAUACAUUACGGGAAGGAUGGUAUUUACUACCUUGAGACAAACGAUCAGAAACCCUACGCAUUGGGGUGACCCGACAUGAAUUACGAUAAAAUAUUAAUACCCCGCUUUGCCAACUUCGCCUAUAAAUUAAAUUUUCAAAGAAAUUAUUACGGAGUGGUCCGUUUUUAUUCGCGGCCACUGCCGUCCGGUCGGACGUUAAUUAUUAACAUCUCUCCGUUGGUGAAAACUUGCUUGGUACCUACUGCAGCAUCACCUGUUAUGACUACAUUAUUUAUUUUACCUUGCAAAGCUUAUAAGUAUAGUCCGCGGAGGCUGCUUUCAAGGUACUUAAUAGACAUGAUAAUUAAGAUUAGUGCUGUAAGUAUUUAUUUAAUAUAUCCGUCGAUUAUUUAUUUAUUCAUGUUACAUUGCUGCGUAUUAGAAUAAGUAUUCUUAUGAUUUAUUCUGAAAAUUCUAAACAACCAGAUUUUUUUUUCAUAAAUGAAUGUGUAAAAAUAACUCAAUCUAUUUAGCUAUACAUUGUUAGUCGCAAUCUAAAAUUGAAUAAUACAUUUUUAAAAGUUCACAAUUUUAGUUGAUGAAAAAAAAAACAAGAGUGCCUCUAAAUAACGAGUUUCAAUUUAUAUGGGAAGUUGAUUUGGUUGGCAAACCUCCAAAAGUUGGGGAACAACAAUUUGUUCUUAAAAAUGAAAAUUAAUUCGGGCGCCAUUGUUUAUUUGUUGCAAAAUUAAGCGAUGAUUUUAUUGAACAGUGGUCAAAAUAACUUCAUUUGAAUGAUGUUGUAUAUUUGUGUAUAAUGUUGUAAACUCUUAUGUUUCCUAUUAUAAUGUUUUUAUUUGAUAAAUGCCAUAAAAUGCGUUUUUAAAACAAAGUUUUAAGUUUGCGUUGAAUAAAGUCGUAAAGAUCAACAGCGUUUUAUGUAAGUAUACCUACGUUGAAAUUCUGCGUAAGUAAGAAAUAAAUUCCUUUACUUCCGUAGAUCUAAAUAAUAUACUUUAUUUAUUAUUGUUAUUUCUGCCACGACAAGGGAACAGUUCCAAAAAGUAUUGACUUCAAGAUAAAUUGUGUUUCCCCUGUAAUAUCAUAAAAGGGACAGAGAAACAAAGUUUGUUCCGUAUUGUUGUUAGAAAUAUUUUUCAUUUUGCUUUGAGUGUGUAUCGGCUUCGGAGAACACUAGAGAAUAACGCAUUUGUAAUAUAAAAUUAUUUGUUAGUAUUUCUUAUCUAUUAGAGCGCUUUUACACUGGUGAACAUUAUCGCUCGUACCUAUGCGGUUUAAAUUCGCGCGAUACAUUCUGCUCGGUAAAAAAGCUGUCGCUCAUUUUCAGGUGUCUUCCAAGCUGUUGUCAAUUGUUUGUACAAAUCGUUGGCGAGCGUAUUUAAUGAACUGAUAAUCCGCUAGUGUAAAAGCGCUGUAAAAUUGAAUGUAUGCUCUGUAUAUUUUGUGUCAUAAGACUUUAUUUUUGAUUGUGUAGUAAUUUAAGACUUUAUCUUUUAUAAACAAUAUAAGUCCAUAUCAUUUAAUUUAUAAGUUUCAUUUUUUUAUUUGAUCAAGAAGUUUUAUGUCAACAAAAAUGUAAGACGAAGGUCGUAGGUGUACCUACAAUAUAACAUACCUAUUUCCUAAACAAUAAUUUAUUUUAGAUAGAAAUCAGUACAGAAAAUAAAUAUUGUUC